AUGGCUGGAGGUAUUCCCGUUGCAGCUCCGGCUUUGGCUGGCGGCUACUUGAGUGGUCGCGCUCUCAUCUUUCCUCUCUCCCUCGUCAUCUCUCUUUUCUUCCUGUGGGGCUUCUCCUACGGUCUUCUCGAUGUCCUCAACAAGCAUUUCCAAACCGUUCUCGGCAUCAGCCGUCUCGAGUCAACUGGUCUCCAGGUCAUGUACUUUGGAGGUGGUUAUCUUCUCUUCUCUCCCAUUGCCGCCGAGGUUCUUAAGCGACGAGGCUACAAGCAGACCAUCCUGAUGGGUCUCUCUCUCUACUCCCUUGGCGCCAUCCUGUUCUGGCCCGUUGCCAAGUCGGCUGAAACCAGCACCAACAGUCGUGCGGUCUUCGGCGGCUUCUGCUGUACCACCCUAGUGAUUGCCUGCGGCCUUGCAACUCUAGAGACCGCUGCCAACUCUUACGCAGUCGUUAUUGGUAACCCUGCCACCGCCAACGCUCGUCUCCAGUUCUGCCAGUCUUGGAACGGCGUUGCCUCGUUCAUCGGCCCCUUGAUCGCCUCCAAGUUCUUCUUCUCUGGUGCGAACCAGAACAGCCUUACCAACGUCCAGUUUGUCUACCUCGCUGUCUCCUGCGCUGGUGCCGCUGUUGCUGUUCUCUUCUUCUUCGCCAAGCUCCCCGAGAUCUCCGAGGCUGUCAUCGAGGAUGAGGCUGGACACAGCAACGAGGGCUCCAUCUGGAAGCAGUACAACAUGUGGUUCGCCUUUGUUGCUCAGUUCUGCUACGUCGGUGCCCAGGUUACCGUCGCAACCUUCUUCAUCAACUACGCUCACGAGAACGGCGGUGUCUCUACUGCCUCUGCCAGCAACAUGCUCAGCUACGCUCUCAUCACCUUCACAGUCGGUCGAUUCGUCGCUACCGGCCUGGCUGUCUUCCUCCGCGCCGAGUUCAUCAUGGUCGUCUACUCUUGCUGCGCCAUCGCCCUUACUGCCUACUGCAGUGCUGGUUCCGGUGCCGCUUCCAUCGGUGUUCUGAUUGCCAUCUUCUUCUUCGAGGCUCCCAUGUACCCCACCAUCUUCGCCCUCGGUACUGCCAACCUUGGCCGACACACUCGCCGCGCUGCUGGUAUCCUUGUCAUGGGUGUCUCUGGAGGAGCUGUCUUCCCUCCUAUCCAGGGCGCCAUUGCUGAUGCCGCGAGCACUCGUAUCAGCUACGUUGUCCCUACUGUCGGCUUCGUCUACGUUCUCGCCUACGUCACUGUCUGCUGGGUUCGCGGUGGAAUGAAGAUCCUCGUCGAGAAGACCCCUGAGUCUCAGGUCGAUGAGAUCACUGGUGACGAGAAGAACGAUGUCAUUAUCGAGCAGCACGAGAAGAAGGCUAGCGACAUGGCUUAG